UUUUGGGUGAACUAUACCAUUAAUAAUGAUGAUUCUGUUGGUUACUAACUGUAUCGUUUUUCUUUCCUUUAGACAUUUAGGUUAUGAAUUCUGAGGGAUACUGAUCUAAAUCAUCAUGGCCAUGUCCAUCCUCACCCAUGUUUUGGCCAGUCUGUUUGGCAUGGGCUCCUGGGUCACCAUCUGUGGUGUGUGGGUGGAGCUUCCUUUAAUCGUUCCACAUGUACCUGAGGGCUGGUACCUUCCCUCCUACCUCUCUGUUAUUGUCCAAAUUGCCAACAUCGGACCUCUGUUUGUCACAUUAAUGCACCGCUUCCGCCCAGGAACUCUCAACGAGACAGCGGUUAUUUAUUUUAUUGUUGGUUUUGGGAUACUGGCCAGCCUCUUCCUGGCUUUCUUCUGGAGUGAGACGGUAGCGGUGCGAGGUGUGGAGUGCAGCCUUCCUCUCCUGCUCCUCAUCUUCUUCAUCUCCAUAGUGGACUGCACUUCUUCUGUGACGUUCCUUCCCUUCAUGGCGCAGCUCAAGGCGGAGUAUCUCAUGACUUAUUAUAUAGGGGAAGGCCUGAGCGGUCUUGUCCCAGCUUUAAUGGCGAUGGUUCAGGGUGUAGGUGUGAUGGAAUGUGUAAAUGCAUCUCAAAUCCUCAGAUCCAAUGAAACACAUCUUAAUGAGUCUGAAAGAGACGCUAACUACCUCGUGCCCCAAUACCAACCAGCUAACUUUUCAGUUGAAGCCUAUUUUUUCUUCUUGGCUGCUAUGAUGGUGGUUUGUUUAGUGGCGUUCUUACUUUUGAACUACCAUCCAGCUGUGGCUCGAGAGCACUCCAGUAACACAAAUGGAAAUGGAGACCAUACAUCCCACAGGAAAAACAAGAGAUCUGAACAGAAACCAAUGAUGCGUUCUCAAAAGGUUAUUGAGAAGCCCAGGAGCACGUUUGGGACCGGGACGUAUACGUGGAUACAAGUAGUGUACAUCUACAUUAUCCUAGCAUGGGUAAACGCUCUGACCAAUACUGGCUUGCCGUCAGUGCAGUCGUAUGCAUGUUUACCAUAUGGAGACCAGGCCUAUCACUGGUCAGCCACUAUGGCGAAUGUUGCCAAUCCUAUAGCUUGCUUCAUCACCAUGUUUUACACUCAAAGGUCUUUAGUGCUGAUGGGAGUUCUCACUUCUAUUGGCUCUCUAAUUGGAGUUUUCAUUAUGAGCAUGGCUGUGUUGAGUCCCUGUCCACUGCUAGUUAAUGAGACCUCUGGAGCCAUCAUUAUUGUGUUGGCGUGGUUCUUUUUUAUCUUCGUCCUAUCCUACGUAAAGGUGAUUGUUGCUGUCAUCUUGCGAGAUGAAGGCCACAGCGCUCUUGUGUGGUGUGGAGCUGUAGUGCAGUUGGGCUCAAUGUUGGGGGCAGUGACUAUGUUUCCUUUGGUCAAUGUAUUUGAAUUUUUCACCUCAGGUGACCCAUGUAACACUAAUUGUCAAUGAGAAAUGGGAUCUGUAAAUAAUAUUAAUCAUAUUAUACUUAAUUGUGGAGCAUAUGUAAA